AGGGGAGAGCGAAGGGAGAAGGGGAGGAGAAAGCGCGAUAACCAUGGGAGGGAGGGAAGGGUAAGAGAGGUCGCGACGGUCGACGCCUCAUGGAUUACCGUUUUGCCCCUGCGAAGCUAUUCUAUUUUCGAUUCGUACCCUUCUCCUCCUCCUCCUCCUCGCCUCGACCCCUCAUCGGCGCUAACCACACCUCCGCGCGCUUCUGCGCCCGCUAGAUUCGAUCUAGGGUUAGGGUUGGGGUUUUCUUUUCGGUUUCUGCGUAGAUUGCUUGCUCCGUUCUAUCGCCAUGGAGCCCACCUCCAAGCCGAGCUCCGUGCGCAAGCUUCUCGUUAGGGUUCUCCUGCUCGGCGUCUUCGUCCUCCUCCUCCGCUUCGUCUACGUCGUCGCCGUCCACGGCGGCGCCUGCGACUCCGGCGACUUCUGCCUCUUCUCCUCCCCCUCCGACCUCGCCGUCGACGGCGCCGCCGCGGGAAGCGGCGGCGGGCCCUUCGUCCGCGUCGUCGGCGGCGGCGGUCGCGGCGGCGCCGCCGCCUCCACCCCGGCGCUGCGCGCCCUCUGGACGAGCCGCGAGUGGCGCAAGGCUGUGGAGUAUUACUCCGCUGUGUUCCAGGACCUCCUCGCCGAGGGCUUCCUCUCCCCGGCCUCUCGAUCCCUCUGCGUCGACGCCCCCGCGGGUUACGAGGUCCUCGCCCUUAGGGAGAUCGGCGUCCCCGACGCCGUCGGAGUUGCUAAGAAGAAGGCGCCGCCGCUCGUCGUCGCCGGCGACCUACUCCGGCAGCCGUUCGCCGCCGGCGAAUUCGAUUUCGUCUUCGCCGGGCUCAGCCUCGAUCGGUCGAAGCGCCCCGCCGAUCUCGCGGCGGAGAUCGCGAGGACGACGAAACCCGAAGGGUUCCUCGCCGUCCACACCGCCUCCGCCGCCGACCUGUAUAGUCUCCGAUCUCUCCGGGAUCUCUUCCCCGGCUUCAAAUCCAUCCGUUCCCGCGAGAUCAAUGGCCCGGAUUCGUCCUCAACCCUGCGUGAGAUCGUCUUCCAGAAGCAAGUAGGUAGUAGUAGCAUUCUUAGCCCCGAGGAGGAUGAUUCGGAGAACUCCGAUCGCCCCUCCGGUGGCAAUUCCGUGAAUAAGUGCUCCAUCCCUGAGCACAAGCUCCAAAUCGUACAAUUAGCCGAGCCCCUCAUUGAAGAGGAGCCAUUGAAGCCAUGGAUCACCCUGAAGAGAAACCUCAAGAACAUCAAAUACCUUCCCUUGGUGGCCGACAUAAGCUUUAAGCAACGAUACGUCUAUGUCGAUGUCGGUGCCCGAAGCUACGGCUCGAGCAUUGGAAGCUGGUUCAAGAAGCAGUACCCCAAGCAGAACCACACCUUCGAAAUCUAUGCAAUUGAGGCCGACAAAGCCUUCCACAAAGAAUAUGCUUCCAAAAAAGGGGUCAAUUUGCUGCCUUUUGCAGCGUGGGUGCGAAACGAGACCCUAACCUUUGAGAUUAACCAGAACCCGGAUCGCAAGGACGAUGAGAAGGGCCACGGGAUGGGCCGGAUUAGGCCUGUCGGUGGUUCCAAUCCUGUGUCCUCGGGCGAAGUGCGGGCAAUCCACGGGUUCGAUUUCGCACAGUGGCUGAAGAGAACGGUAUCGAAGAAUGACUACGUUGUCAUGAAGAUGGAUGUGGAGGGGACCGAGUUUGAUCUUGUGCCGAGGCUUUUUGAGACAGGGGCUAUCUGCCUAAUUGACGAACUCUUCUUGGAGUGCCAUUAUAACCGGUGGCAAAAGUGCUGCCCUGGGCAGAGAUCGCCCAAAUACCAUAAUACAUAUGGGGAGUGUUUUGAGCUGUUCACUUCUCUCAGGGAGAGUGGUGUGCUUGUCCAUCAAUGGUGGUGAUCAUUGCGGCAAUUAGUUAUGAGACAGAUUAUUUGUUACAGGUAAAAGCUUUGUUAGAUUUGUUUAAUUCCCAUUUUUCUGCCUUUUUUUAUAGGAAUUACUUCUGCUGUCAUUGCUUUCAAUAUAGUUGAGAAAUGUCCAGGUUCUUUCCUUUUACAGAUAACAUGUUGAUUUUCCAAAGUUGAUGAAUUCAAUUUCUUUUAAUGGAAUGUUUAUAAAAAGUUGUUUCAUCU